GUUCGCAGCACACUGUCUUCUCCGGGGCUGCCGAUGUCUCCAAGAAGCCAUAGUCGACAAGAUCUUGACGACUGGAUGGCCGAAGCAAGUCGGGCCCUACCCGCCCUUCAUCUUCACAUGCUGCCCAAGGGGCCGGAAGGACUGGAAACGCUGGUCCUGGUCGGGGCCCUUCACGACUCUGAGGAUGUUGCGCACCAGGUCGAUCAAGCGAUCAUGUCGCUGAAGCCGUGCAACGUUGGCCUGGAACUCUGUGCCAGGCGGUUUCGGCGCUUAUUUCCCUUCGGUGUGGGAGCAUUCUUGGCCCUCGCCUCCGACGACAGGCAUCAACUUCUCGAGCGCCUUCCUUCCGGUAAGGAGCAGUUAGCAGCUGCUGUCGCCGCUGAGCGAUGUGGUGUUCCGAUCAGCCUCUGCGACCGGGACUCAAAGACGACCGAGCGACGCUUCCUUGCAGCGCUUGGUCCCGAAACCCUGGCAGCAGGGUCGAUGGCAGCAUUUGGCCGUGCAUGUGCGGUGGACGUGCAGGAGGAACUCGAGACGGCUGUUGCCAACUGCAUUGUCAGGGAAAGGGACUUCGUCUUAGCGCACAAGCUCGGUUCUCUACCCGGUCUCGUGGUGGGCAUUGUUGGGCAGAGGCAUGUUCCGGGCAUCAUCGCCCAGCUGCAAUGCCCGUUCCGAGAAGAGGAUGCCAAGAAGGCCGAGAGCCUCUGUGCUGCA